ACCUGCGGGAAAAGCGGGUCGGUAAAGUCGCCGUGCGUGGUUGCCGGUGCUGCUGGAACCCGAGCGGAAGAGAGUUCACGGGUGAUAACCACGUGACUUAUUAGAGAUCGCUAGACAAAAUCAAACGGGAAAUUUGCUAGAAUCAAGAAUGAUGGAUCCAUGUUCAGUUGGAGUCCAGCUUCGUAUCACAAACGAGUGCCAUAAAACCUACUAUACUCGUCACACAGGUUUCAAGACUUUGCAAGAGUUGUCAUCAAAUGAUAUGCUUUUACUUCAACUGAGGACUGGAAUGACACUUUCUGGGAACAAUACAAUUUGCUUUCAUCAUGCAAAAAUUUACAUUGAUAGAUUUGAGGAUUUGCAGAAGUCAUGUUGUGACCCAUUUAACAUACACAAAAAACUAGCCAAAAAAAAUUUGCAUGUAAUUGACUUAGAUGAUGCCACUUUUCUGAGCGCAAAAUUUGGCAGACAGCUGGUACCUGGUUGGAAGCUUUGUCCCAAAUGUACGCAGAUCAUCAAUGGAAGUGUGGAUGUUGACUCUGAAGACCGGCAGAGGAGAAAACCUGACUCAGAUGGAAGAACUGCUAAAGCUUUGAGGUCAUUACAAUUUGCAAACCCAGGAAAGCAAACUGAAUUUGCUCCAGAAACUGGUAAAAGAGAAAAAAGAAGGCUUACAAAGAAUGCAUCCGCUGGUUCAGACAGACAAGUGAUACCAGCAAAGAGUAAGGUCUAUGAUAGCCAGGGCCUCCUCAUUUUCAGCGGGAUGGACCUCUGCGACUGCCUUGAUGAAGACUGCUUAGGAUGCUUCUAUGCGUGUCCUGCCUGUGGUUCUACCAAGUGUGGGGCUGAAUGUCGCUGUGACCGCAAGUGGCUGUACGAGCAGAUUGAAAUCGAAGGAGGAGAAAUCAUUCAUAAUAAACAUGCUGGAUAAUUUGUGGUAUCAGAUGUAGGAUCUUUAAAAGUUCUUUCUCUGUUUCUAAAAUUCUGUCAUUUUGAGGUACAUUUUAAAGUUGAUUGCCAAAUGACAGAAAUUUGAAAUCUGUCUCAACAUGGACUCACCGUGUGCUAAUACUGCAUUUAGGGUGCUUUACAAGUCAUGGUUUGAUGUAAAUAUAGAUGGCCCAUUACUCAGCAGUCAGCUCAAAGCCUGUCUGGGUCAAUGUAAACAAGUAGGGUAUAGGGAGUCCUCGAUUUGCACAAUUCCCACAUCCACAUGUUUCGAUGACAGUGAUUUAGUUCACACCAGUUCCUUAACAGCACAGUUCAAAUUUUAGUUACCACGGUAUAUUAACUGAGUAAUUACACCAAGUGUAAAUUUCCCUGCUAGCUCUUUAGUCCAUAAGUCACUAUGUGAGUAACAGAUGUAUUUCAUGUUCAGUGACCAAUCAUGUUACUUCUCUCAAAUUCUGCUACUGAUUGGUCACUGCACAUCUAUUAAUCAGUUCACUCACAGCAAACUAUGCAGUUGUGCUGUCUGUCACCCAUGUGACAUUUUAUAAACAAUGGAAAGAAUUGGCCAACAAAGAUGAGAUUGCAGCAAAAAAAUGAAAAAUUAUAUGCUAGAAGUGAGAUUUGAAUGAAUUGAACAUUAAUGGAUCUGUAGAAGAAACCACUGAGUGUGGGAAUAUUGACCCUGCGCCUUUCUGGAGCCUCUACAGACAUAGCCAGAGGUGCUUACUGAAGGCAGUUUACCAGCCUAGAUGGGGAAAAGGAGCUGAGGAAGUGAUGGUAAGACUUCACAUUAAAGGAAAUCACAGAAAUAUUUCACAACAUUCAAAGUACAAAUGAUGAAAUAGUGGAAACUUAAUCCAGACUUAAAGGAUUAUGUCAUUUUGCCAUGGUAUGGAAGAGAUGCUUACCCAAAUAAGUUAUUUGACAAAAAAAGGCAAGCAUUGUUCAAAUUACACUUGAUUAGUUGUUUUACAGUGAAAUAACACUGAUUCCCAUUGUUUCUAAUAUUUUAAAUUACAGUGUACUAAAUACUUUUAUAAUUUUGUAUUUACAUUUUAACUGACAGAAUUUUUAAUAUUUUGACUAGAUUUUUAAAACUUGUAGAACAAGCAUAAUUUUCCCCAUUGAUUAUUAAGAAAUAUUGCUUGGCCAUUUUUUAUGGUCCCAUACUAUCGUGCAAGGCAAGGACUGCCUAUAGCUAAGAACAGUGCCUACUUCAGGGAAAGUUAAUUUUGAUACAAGUAAGCGGUAGGUUGGUAAACUAUUUGGGGAAUAAUCUACAUAUCUUAAGUGCUAAAAUAUGCUCUUUUUGUCUCCCCACUUAAACUUCAAAUAGAUUAUUAAUAUGGUGUACUACAAACCUUUCAUUGCAUAGACCAGGCAUUUUUGGUGAAAUUGUGUUCUUGGUGACAAAAAUCUUAUUUCUAUGUAUAAAGCACGAAUAUACGAGUACAUACAAUACAUGAACAGAUACACAUUAAUUCCUUGGCAUUAAAAUCUUACAGGGUGUUGAUUAGGAUUAAAAGGUCUAAAAAAGGCUCUUAAAAAAGGUAGUAAUUUUUUUAAAAGGUGGAGAAACACUGGUUGAGACUAUCAAUUAUUUGGAAAUUGAUUGAGACUUGAUGGCAUUCGGGUGCUGUUUGGAGGCUGGGAGUGACUGAUAACUUCUCUGUUUUCUUUUUUUAAGACAGCUACCUGUCAUUCUGUCUAAAAUCUUUCAUCAUCUAGGAUAUUGCCACUAAGCUAGUUUUUUUUUUUUUGUCUUCCUUAAAUAUAGUACUUUAAUCAAAUGAGCUUUAAACAAUUUGAAAUAUUUUUGUAGCUAUUGAAACUAUAAAUUUAUACAGCCAGUUUUAUUGAAUUGAUCAACAGAGGUUUAUUUUUAUUUCUGUACACUUUUGGUAUCUCUUUAAAGUGAUUGGUUUUACUUUGAUAGAAUGCCAUUUUCAACCACAGAAUUAAAUGUCAUCUUUAAGUUAUAAUUGUUCACUGACCUAGUUAUCAGAAGUACAUUUAAUCAAUUCCAAAGCACUGGCAAAAAGAAUAUUUUAACAUUAUAUGCUUAAAUCUGAUGCUAGGGUUUUUUUUCUGAAUUAAAUAUUUUUUUAUAAAGGAUACAGACUCUAAUAUUUUGAUCCUAUCAUUUUUGUUGCUUUUAAGUAUAAUUUAGUAUAUUUAUUAGGCUCUUUCUAGGGACAAAUUAAAAUUUGAUUUUUUGUUUAAAACAGGAAUAUCUUUUCAAUGGACUAAAUGGCUUUAAAAUUGUGAUAUUUCGUCAUUCCUUAGUAGAACAUUUCCGUUAUUUUUAAAAGAUAGUAGUAAGUUUUUCAAGGUAAAAUUUCUUGAACA